CACACACACUCACUCACGCACUUACACACUCACACCUCACCCUCCUCCAGCCCCACCGCCUCCACCAUGGCUUCCUCUGCCCUGUCUGUCUGCUCCAGUGACCUGAGCUACGGCAGCCGGGUCUGCCUGCCCGGGUCCUGUGACUCCUACACCGGCUCCUCCUGGCAGGUGGACGACGGUCCAGAGAGCUACUGCGAGCCCCCCUGCUGUGCCCCCAGCUGCUGCACCCCAGUCCCCCACCUGACCCUCCUCAGUGCCCCUGUGAGCUGUGAGUCCCACCCCUGCUGCCAGCCAGCCUGCAGCAGGUCCUCCCCCUGCCAGCAGGCCUGCUGUGAGCCUGUCUGCUGCAGACCCGUCAGUUGCAGGCCCGUUUGCUGCCGACCCGUCUGCUGCACACCCGUCUGCUGCAGGCCCGUCUGCUGUGAGUCCUCCCCCUGCUCAGCCUCCUUGUGCUGCCAGCCCAACCCCUGCCCCUCGGUCAGUUGCAGACCCUCCUCCUCCGUGUCCCUCCUCUGCCGUCCUGUGUGCCGCCCCACAUGCUGUGUGCCCACCUCCUCCUGCCAGCCCAGCUGCUGCCGCCCAGCCUCCUGCCUGUCCCUGCUCUGCCGGCCCGCGUGCUCCCGCCCUGCUUGCUGCGUCCGAACCUCAGCCCCAGAGCCCUGUUGCUGACCUGGUACAUUGCCAACUCCUUCCAGGGCCAUGCUGACUAUCACCUGAAAUUUCUGUAGCCUUCAACCCAGUCUGGGGUCUCCUUCUGCCCCAGAAUUUCCUGUGAGCAGCUUGGGCUGGCUCCUUGUUCGCUUCAGGCCCUGAGUGUCAGCCAGCAUCUUGCUCUCCAUCCUUGUUGGUCAUGGAUUUUGUCCUGACCUAGGUGAGGGGUCUGCCUGCUAACAAAUAAAGUCACUUUCAU